AUGAAACUAGUUAAAGAGUUUUCUAAGCUUAUGCAGGGUGAGUUUGAGAUAAGUCUAAUGGGGCAAUUAAAUUACUUUCUCAGACUUCAAAUCAAGCAACUCAAAGGAGGGACAUUUGUGUGUCAAGCUAAAUAUUGUCACGAGUUGGUUAAACGCUUCAGAAUGGUAGAUUCGAAGUCUAUUGACACUCCAAUGCCUACAAAUGGAAACUUGGAUAUUGACACUCCAAUGCCUACAAAUGGAAACUUGGAUAGAGAUGUAAAUGGUAAGGAUGCUAACGUUAAAAUGUAUAAAGGUAUGAUUAGAUCUCUUCAAUAUCUUACUGCAUCAAGGCCUGAUAUAAUGUUUAGUGUGUGCAUGUUUGCUCGGUAUCAAUCCGCUCCCAAGGAAUCACAUUUAAAAGCAGUAAAACGCAUCCUUAGAUAA